GAGGCGGGGCUUAGCUCUUUAUUUCUCUCUCUUUCUCUUGCUGGAGUUGUUUUUAUUUAUUGCUUUGUGGCUCUUUGAGUUUAAAUGCUGACCAGCUUGUGCUCAUGGCGUGACUCUACUUGAUUCUACUCAACAUAACGGUUGAGGGGGGAAAUCAAUAUCGGAACGGGAGGGGAGAAUGAAGCGGCGCAAUGCGGACUGCAGCAAACUCCGUCGCCCGUUAAAGCGGAGCCGUAUCGCCGAGGGAAUUCACGGCAGCACCUUCCUGUACCUGAAGUUCCUGCUCGUGUGGGCCCUGGUGCUGCUGGCAGACUUUGUCCUGGAGUUUCGCUUCGAGUACUUGUGGCCUUUCUGGCUCUUUAUCAGGAGUGUGUAUGACUCCUUUAGGUACCAGGGUCUGGCGUUCUCGGUGUUUUUCGUUUGCGUUACAUUCACGUCAGACAUCAUCUGCCUGCUGUUCAUCCCUAUGCAAUGGCUCUUUUUCGCCGCCAGCACUUACGUUUGGGUACAAUACGUAUGGCACACGGAGCGAGGUGUAUGUCUACCCACGGUCUCUCUCUGGAUUCUCUUCGUCUAUAUCGAAGCAGCCAUCCGAUUCAAAGACCUGAAAAAUUUCCACGUGGGCCUGUGCCGUCCUUUCGCCGCUCACUGCAUCGGCUACCCGGUGGUGACGCUGGGCUUCGGCUUUAAGAGCUACGUGAGCUAUAAGAUGCGCCUGCGGAAGCAGAAGGAGGUGCAGAAGGAGAACGAGUUCUACAUGCAGCUCCUGCAGCAAGCUCUGCCUCUAGAACAGCAGAUGCUCCAGAGGCAGGAGAGGGAGGCUGAGGAAGGCGCGUCUAAAUCAAUGAUGGAAGCAGAGCCGACGCUUUUGGCUCAGAACGGCACCAAGAAGCUGCCCAUCUCUUUCCCCGAGCUGGAGCAGCGGGCCAAGAAACAGCACCAGCACAGCAUAGGAAUAAACAACAACAUCCUACACACUGUGGAGUCGAAGCUGCAGGACAUUGAGUACAUGGAGAACUAUCCGAGCAGCAAGAGACUGAACAACGAGCUGAACGGCUGCGCGGAGGACGCGGGUGGCACAGACGCGAGCUCCGCCUCCUCCUCCAGACAUUACAAAAAUUCCUCCCCACGCAGCCACAGCUCCACCAAUGGCAGUGUGCCAUCCUCGUCCAAUAGAAGCGAGAGGAAGCAGAAGGGCAUAGGAAAGAACGCCCAUCGAGAGCUGAUGGAGAACUGUAUACCCAACAACCAGCUCAGUAAACCGGACGCUUUAGUGCGUCUGGAACAGGACGUAAAGAAGCUGAAGGCGGAUCUGCAGGCGAGCCGCCAGCUGGAGCAGGAGCUGCGCUCUCAGAUCAGCUCUCUGAACAGCGCCGAGAGGACCACUCGCUCAGAGCUCAGCCAGCUCCGCCACGAAAACGAGCUGCUCCAGAACAAGCUUCAUAACGCAGUGCAGUCCAAGCAGAAGGAAAAGCAGACCAUCACUCAGCUGGAGAAGCGGCUGAAGUCCGAGCAAGACGCACGGUCCGUGGCUGAGAAACAGCUAAACGAGGAGAAAAAGAGGAAAAAGGUGGAGGAGGCGAUGGCUGCACGGGCUGUCGCUCUCACUGCUGCGUCCAGAGGCGAGUGCACAGACUCCCUGAGGAGUCGAAUUCGAGAGCUGGAAUCCGAAUGUAAGAAGCUCUCCCACGACCUGACGUUUAAAGAGGAGCAGAUCCAAGAGCUGGAGGGCAAAGUGCAGGAACUGCACAAGUACAAAGAGAACGAGAAGGACACGGAGGUCCUCAUGUUGGCACUGUCGGCCAUGCAGGAUAAAACGCAGCACCUGGAGAACAGCUUGAGUGCCGAGACCAGGAUCAAGCUGGAUCUCUUCUCAGCAUUAGGAGAUGCCAAAAGGCAGCUCGAGAUUGCACAAGGUCAAAUCUUACAGAAGGAGCAGGAGAUCAAGGAGCUGAAGCAAAAGAUAGCCGAGGUCAUGGCUGUCAUGCCCAGCAUCGCGUAUUCGUCCGACUCCAACAGCAUGCCUCCUAUUUCACCUCACUACUCGUCGAAGUUUAUGGACACGAGUCCAUCCAGCCUGGACCCCAAUGCAUCCGUCUACCAGCCGCUUAAAAAAUGACCCCCGGUUUUGUUUAUUAUUAUUUUUUUCGUUUUUCUGAAUUGACCAGGAUCAGUAUGCAUACCUCCUUAAGAGUGUUGUUGUUUUUUGUUGAUUUAAAAAUCCCCAUGUCCUUUCAGUAAUUUGUAAUGUGGUGUUGAUUAAACUACAGGAGAGAAAGGAAAGGUUCUAGAUUAAGAGCACUUGGUUUGGAUUUUAUGAUUGUUCAGUUAAGGUACUAUGGCCUACUUUUAAUGCAGUUUUGUCUUGCUGCGUUUUUGUGUUAAAUAUAAAUGCCAGCACGAAUGGCACGGUUUUGUGUUAGAAAACAAUGAAUACUUCACAUUGAAUCAUUUGACCAUAAAAGAAGAGUUAGUAUUCAUGAGGCGUUGCCUGAAACAUGUUUCCAUUUAAUGAUAACCAUGGUGUUACCAUUUCUCUUGGAACCAAGGUGCUGUAAUUGGUCGUUUCUGGUUUUCCUUGGGGAAAAUUUCAAUACUUUUAUUCUUUCCCGAAGCAUCCUGAAUGUUUUCAUUCGCCCCUGUUGAGGACGAGGUUCAGAGGAGACUGAUUUUUGAUGGAUUUGUUAAUUAUAUGCUGCAUAAACAUUUUGCGAAUACAUAUUGUAUUUUGCCAUCAAAGCAACUCCUCUUUGUAACUGGACCAAAACUGAAAUUUAGCUUGUAUGCAGAAACAUAUACAAGGUAGGGAUAGCUGAUCAAUUUCCAGUCAUUGUUUUAAUGCAGUGCCUUGAAUUAUUAUUAUUAUUAUUAUUAUUAUUAUUUUUUAAUAUUUUUUUUUCAGUUUGAAGUAAUUACGUUUAAUUCAUGACCUGGACUGGUUCUUCCUCGCUCAACCUGAUGAUCCUAUAUCACAUGAUCAUCCAGCCCCCCCCCCCCCCCCCACACACACACACACACAGCAACGGUACUUCUAUUCAGUCAUCUUCAUGUUGCUUUGGAUUUUAUUUGUCCAACAGUUCCAGAUGUCACAGAGUUAUCACUGAAAACAAGCAACCCCGUUUUGUCAGUUACAAAACGCCCUCUCGUUUUAGAUUCCCUUCCCCUAGGAAGCGGUACUGACUUGUUUUUACGACAUUGGAAUGGUGUAAACUUUGUGCUGAAUGUUUCCAUUUUAAACAUAAGUGCCAAGUAUUUUCCCCAUAUAGAGUUUACCAUAACAAAUGUGCACAGUAUGUGUAUUCUCUCAGCAGCCCUAAUUUCUUAUGUGACUGUUCUGAAGUUUUCCUCCUGCAACAGACUUGUUUUGAGGGUUUGAUCUCAUUUUGCAACAGGGAUGAUUUAUAAAAUGAUAUCUUGGUUAUAUAUAUAUAAUAUAUAUAUAAUCAGGCAUCUUCACCCACAUAAGAACAUUAUAAAACUAGGGUCACAAAAUAUUCAAAUUUAAUUGUUCCCUUGUCCAUUUUAUUUACUUUUUUUUAAAGUAUUUCUGUGGAUUGUAAUGGAAUUGUACCUUCUGUUUUUUUGUGUUUUUUUUUUUGUGUGUCUUUUUUUUUGUUUUUUGUUUUUUGGGGGGCGUGUAGGGGACUUUGUGUUGAGUAAAGACUAUAGCACUUGUAUCUCUUUUGCUCUCUGUUUCUUUGGUAAGUCAUAAUUUAAAUGCAAGAACAAAACAAAAAAAAUGAAUGAAUCAUUCAUUUGAGCAAGUUGUUGUGGAUGCUUCAGCUAUAGAUCAAUAUAAACUCCAAAUACAUAUAUGUAGAAAUAUGUAGAAUUUUCCCCAAUAGCCACAUGAGGGCGCUUUGGACGACGUGUAAAAAAAAAAAAAAAAAAAAAAAAAAAAAAAGGAGGACAGACAAUGCAAGCAUAUUUUCACAUCUUUAAGUAUGACUUGAAGUUAACAUCUCUUGUGGUUUAUUUGGAAAGCACUGCAAUUCAAUAAUGUAUGUGUAUAUGUAUAAGUAUGUGGCUGCACAUACUUA